CCCCGAUUUUGACCACUGACCUUCUGGCCAGAAGCAAUUAGGAUGCAGUUUAUGUGCAUCUACCUAGUUAGAAUUGCUCCGCCCAUCUCUGGCGACCUAAUGCUGCCGCAGGUCUCUCGGCCCCUGUUGAGACGCACCAAAUGUGGGUUACCCUUUGAGUAGCUACUCUGUGGCCAGCACUCCCCCUCUCAACGUUUACUUCCAGGGGCUGGCGGGGCGCCGGGCCUAAAACGAGGGCGGCGAUGCUGCGGCCCUUCUGAAGGGUUUGAGGCAUCCAACACCUCCCCAGGCCCCAACCUUGAGGGACCCAAGUUCGCUCCCGCGGGCCAAACUCCGCGAGUGAGCGCGCUGCGACUGACGGAAGCGGAGCUACUCGCCCGGUUUGAAAAGCGCGAGGCGCUGCCUUGGCUCCUCCCAGAGCAUCAGAGAGCCGCCGGCGUCUUAGGGGAAGCCGCCAGGGUAGCUCGGAGCCGCUUCCCCCGCCUGGCCGAGUGUGGCCCAGCGCCGCUGCCGCCCACUUAACUUGCGCGCGGGCCGGUGAAGGCACGAAGCUGGCGAUGUGCGGCUGCGGCGGGAGGUGCGGCCGGGCGACGCCGGGAGCCGCCUCGUCCUCGGGCCGCCGGCUUCCCGCCACGCCGUUCUUGCUGCUCGCCUACCUGAGCUACCUGCUGCUGGGCAGCGCCGCGUUCUGGGCGCUCGAGUCGCCCCGCGAGAGAGACAUGGCGGGGCGGCUGCUGAGUGAGAAGUGGGACCUGCUGGAGAACUACACGUGCCUCGAGAGGGAGGACCUCGAGGACCUCGCCAAGGGCAUCAUCCAGGCCUACAAGAGUGGGCUUUACCUUAAGGGAAACACGAGCCUGGGCAGAUGGGACUUUGUUGGCUCCUUCUUCUUCUCUGUUUCUGCAGUAACAACCAUCGGCUAUGGUAACCUGAGUCCCAGCACGGAGGCUGCACAAGUCUUCUGCAUCUUCUUUGCUCUUUUUGGGAUUCCUUUGAACCUUGUCCUCCUCAACAGGAUAGGACAACUGAUGCUCUCUGGUGUUCAGCUGUGUGCCUUCCACCUGGGUGAGAAGUUUCACUGGCAGAAAGGGGCAGCUGUCUUGACGCGGACCUGUGCACUGGUUGCUGGCCUUCUGCUGUUCCUUCUGCUACCUCCUCUGUUGUUUACUGCCAUAGAAGGCUGGACCUACGAAGAAGGGUUCUAUUAUUCUUUCAUUACUCUUAGCACAAUAGGCUUUGGAGAUUAUGUAAUUGGCAUGAACCCUGAGCGUACCUACCCAUCCUGGUAUAAGAAUGUGGUUUCUCUGUGGAUUCUCUUUGGGAUGGCUUGGCUAGCCCUGAUCAUCAAUCUGUGCAUCAGCUUGCUGGAGAACUCCAGUGGCCUCUGCCGGUGCUGCAAGAAAAGGAGCAGAGACGCAGAGCAAGAGUUAAUAAGUGGCAACCCAAAUGUCACUUUGGAAUGUAAGGAUGGGCAGAACUGCAGCACAAAGGACACUAAGCCUGCGGAGCCAAUUUGAAUGGCAUAUAUGCUUUAUUCCACCAAAGUGUUUUGGCUUUUGCUGGGCAGCCCAUCACCAGAGCACCAUUUCAUGGCACUGGUAGAAGUUUGGCUAUGUGGGAUCAUCCAACUUGGACCAGAGUGGAAAUCAAAGUCUGCUCGUUGGGUUGUUCAAGGACUGCCUUACAUGUGAUUUCCUUUCUACGUGGAGAUGAAUCUCUGUGUCAGAGGAAUAAUAGGGCCUGUGCCAUCUUAGCUGAAGGGCUUUUAUAUCACUGCAAGCAUGGGAGUUGGAAAACCAUGAACAUCACUGUGCAAUUAUGGCAAUGUGUGGGAGGUUUCCCCCCUAUAUCAAGGUUAUUUCUGUGUAGGAAAAAUGUGAGGUGGCUGCCUCACCUAUUAACCGCUGCUCAAAAUGCUGCUGUGGUAUUGCAACCUAUUGACUUUGUAGGGUUAUUUGCCCAAAAGAAGGCCGAGCAGUUGCUGCCACAGUCCUUGCCAUUAAUAAAGAGCAUUUGUACUCCAAA